AUGACUCGUUCAGUUCCACCCGUAUCGCGUCCACUCCCUUCUCGCCGAGUCCCCAUGGCUGCGUCCGUCAAGGAGCAGAAAUAUCGGCACGUCCGUGCCACACUAUGCCGCGUCAUACGUGUUCCCACUUUUCCCAUCCAACUUCCUCACCUCAGGGAGAAAUCUUGGUCCAAUAUUGUCGUCAACGUCUCCGCCCGGAAGCAUCACGCGGAUCCAGACUAUUACAUCGAGCAACAGGACCUUGGAAUCACCGGUGAUGUCCAAGAGGGAGCGAGUAUGCUGAAAACUGCCCUCCUCGGGGUUCUUCGCCACACCUUCCCCCAGAGAAAUGCUGAACUCCACAAUUUACUACUUUCCGUAGUUAACUGCGAGGCCGUCAUGACGGCUAUCAUGGACGCGUUGAUAGGAAACAUGUCAUCCGAAGACGAUGGUGAACCAGUAUGUCUCGGCAAAAAUGCAGCGGUUGAUGCGUUCAGACUGUUGUAUCGGUCUUGCCAUUUGGAAACCGGUCACGCGGCGGCGAACGACUGGGCACUCGAGACGUUCGAGCCGUUGUUCAAGAUCGCGAAGGAUACGUGGGAGGCAGGGUCGUCGGCGUCGUCGGAGAAACUAUCCAGAAAUACCUCUGAGGUCGCCCCUGCACGAACUCGUCCGCACAUCCUUCGUGAACAACAGGCCCGCGACCGGUUACUGCUCAUAUCGAAGCGGAGGAACGAGAUCCUCGCUAAUGAGCUCCCUAAGGACAAGAAGCGUAAGAGGAAGAACAAGUCCAAGUUCAUGCGAGCGACGCCCACUCCGGCUCCUGUGGCACCUGCCCCUGGAUAUCCCGAGGUGACGGUAGUGGCCACUACAGUUGGCCAUGACUACCGUAUCGACUAUCUUCGCACAUGCACGUGUCUUCCUCCAGUUCCUUGGUGUUAG